CGAAAUGGUGCAUAGUCAGUUAGAGAACCUCCCUUGCUCACCAGGAACAGACUGACACUUCAUUCCCCAAAAGCAAGAAGAAUGCUAAAGAACUCGGUGGACAUGAAAGAGUGAAACUUCUCCAUCCUGCCUCAUAACUCAUGGUUUAAGGGAGGUUUGGGUGGAUUUUUUCUUGCAUGCUUAUCUUUGAGGAUUUUAGGAGUGCCCAAGUGUCCUUGAUCUCAGAAAGCAGCCAUGCGUUAUCUCUUCAUUUUAGGACUCAUAGUGCUGUGUAGUUUACAAAUUGAGGCUACCUCGAAUCGCUGUGAUGAGCCACGCACUGUACGCCACUCCACUCUGUGCACGUCGUGCGCUGCUGCACCUGCUAUUGUCUGCCCACAAGGCUACAAGAAGACUUCAACUGAUGCUGAGUGCCGCUACACGGUGCAAAUCGGCGAUCGCCUGCUGGAGCUGCCUGGCUGCUCUCGCUCCUGUGAGAAAGUCACUCUCAUAAAGCGAUGCUGCCCCGGCUUCUUCGGGUCUCUGUGUUCACCGUGUCCUAGCUUAUCAGGCAAAGUGUGUAACUGGCAUGGUACCUGCAUGGAUGGUGAAUCAGGAAAUGGCACCUGUGUGUGUGAGGAGGGCUACACUGGGUUUGUGUGUCAGAAAUGCUCUAAUGAGAAGACCUACGGUGAGCGCUGCAGCUCAGUGUGCGAUUGUGUACAUGGAGAGUGUAAUUCGGGUCCAGAUGGAGAUGGACGGUGUUACUGUCAACCACCAUAUUCAGGACCAAAGUGUGACAAAGUUACGUCUUCCUGUUCAGACUGCAGUCCCUACUCAUACUGUAAAGGAGAGGGUCCGACUGCUCAGUGCGAAUGCCUUCCAUCCUUUUCAAAGGUUGGACGCGUCUGUGUAGGUGUUUGCAGCAAGGAUGUUUGCGACAUAAAUGCAGAUUGUUCGUACAAGGGUGUAGGGCAAUUUCAGUGCACAUGCAAAACUGGCUUCGAGGGAGAUGGCAAAUUCUGCACCCCGAUCAACUCAUGUUCUCGGAAUAAUGGAGGCUGUCCAACAAACUCCACUGUUUGUGAAAACACAGGACCAGGCCAGUCAAUAUGUGUAUGUCAGAGUGGGAUGGAAGGAUCAGACCCUCGUGCUGGCUGUAGGCUGAAAUCUGCUUGUAAGGAGAGCACAUGCCACAGGAGUGCACGAUGUGAAACUGGCCAAGAUGGAAUAGCCAGGUGUGUUUGCAGUCAGGGACAGAUCAGUGAUGGGUGGCGCUGUUAUGGAGAUAUCAUGGAGCGUGUUUUGGAACUGGAUCAGGAAGGCAGCCACGCAGGAAACCUCACCGGAAGCAUUGCAUUGUUUGAGAGAGGAUGUAAGCUCAUUCUGAGCAAACAUGGGCCAUUUACAGCAUUCAUCCCAGUGGAUACUUCCCAACUAUCUAUGGGCAAACUUAACCAGGCAAGAAGAGCAGAAGCCAUCUGCAAACACCACCUCAUUCUUGGCCAACGUCUUUACAAAGAUUUGGAGGGACAAGAUUUGUGGACAUAUGGAGGGGAAAUUAUGAGAUUUAAACCAAACAAGAAGUUUAUUUCAAAAAAAGAUCCUGAUACACCAUUCACGAUAAUCAGGAGUGACAUACCUGCAUCCAAUGGAAUUAUUCAUAUAGUGGACAAAGUCUUUACUUUUGCUACUAAAGACACUUCUGACAGUGUUGAGUUCUCUUCAAAAACCAUCGGGGACAUUCUAGCGGAAGAUGCCAGAUUCAAUAGAUUUGUAUCUCUGAUAGAUAACUGUGGAGCUCCAAUGCCUCUCCAAGGUCCAGGGCCACUCACACUGUUUGUCCCAACCAAUAAAGCCGUGGACAGAUCUAGGGACGGUAGUAUUAUAUACAUGCUAAAGGAUGCCAAGCACAAACUCCAGGAGCUUCUGAGGCACCAUAUGUUCUCUCAGGCAGCAGUAACUGUGGACCAGCUGGCUAGCAUGUCAGAGAUCCAAACCAUGGCUAAUCAGGUCAUAAUGAUCAAUGUCACUGGCGAUGGAAGAGUGUUGCUCACUGAAAAAGGAAUACCUCUUGAAGCGAAAGAUAUUGUUGCAUCCAAUGGAAUCAUUCACAUGAUUGAUGGACUUCUUGUGCCGCCAUCCAUUGUUCCGAUCAUGCCACAUAGGUGUGAUGUUAAUGUGACCACCAUCAUUAUGAGUCCAUGUGUAAUGUGCAAAUACAUUUCUGAGUCACAAUGUCCACCCGGAAGCGAAGAAGGGUCUGGCCAUCUUCAAAAUUGUGAGCCUCUUCCUGAUCCACGAUGGAGUGAAUUUAACACCGUACGAGGCUGUGCAAAAUAUUGCCGAGCAAAACGAAUGAGGGCCGAAUGCUGCAAGGGUUUCUUUGGGCCUGACUGUAAACCCUGUAUUGGAGGUUUCCAACACCCAUGUUAUGACAAAGGCACUUGUUCUGAUGGCAUUUAUGGCGAUGGCUCAUGUAAAUGUAACCCAGGCUUUAUGGGCAUCGGAUGCCACCUCUGCUCUGACCCAAAGAAACAUGGAGAAAACUGUGAUGAAGAUUGUCGCUGUGUUCAUGGCGUAUGUGAUAACAGGCCUGGCAGUAAGGGUGUGUGUCGCAGGAACUCCUGUCUGUCUGGAUACACUGGAGACCUUUGUGACCUCACAGCCACACCCUGUGAUUCAGACGGCACCUCCGAACACUGCCAUAUCCAUGCUUACUGUACACGCAUUGACAACAUAAACACGUGUGUGUGUAAGCCUGGAUAUGACGGUGAUGGAUACUCCUGCACUGAAGCCAAUCUGUGCCUCAAACCCGACAGAGGAGGCUGCCACAUAAACGCACAGUGUGUGUAUGCAGGCCCUGGAAAUGUGUCCUGUGUGUGUAAUGAGGGAUGGACAGGUGAUGGUGUUGUGUGUAUGGAGAUUAACAACUGUUUAAUGGAGAAUCGUGGUGGGUGUCAUGAAUACGCUGACUGCACCCCCACCGGACCUGGCCAGAGUCAAUGUGCCUGUAAGAAGGGAUUCAUGGGAGAUGGCCUCAUGUGUCAGAUUGUUAACCCCUGCCUGACAGACAAUGGAGGCUGCCAUGACAUGGCCGUAUGUUCAUUUAAUAGCAGUGGCAUACAGAAGUGUACCUGUCCACAAGAUUAUGAAGGAGAUGGCACCACAUGCUAUGGGAAUAUACUGAUGGAGCUAGAUUCGAACUCAGAUUUCUACACUUUCAACCGCUAUCUACAAAGACACCCGGUGAUCAGUGCCGACAGCAAUGUGACUGCUUUAGUUCCCUCCAAGGAUGCAUUUAGAAAUCUGAGUGGUGGGGAAGAGCUGUUUUGGACUGACUUCUACCGCCUUCCUUUCCUCCUGCAAGCUCACUUUUUGGAUGGCAUUUACACCUAUGAUGACUUGAGGAAGCAGGUCAAUAAAACAGUCCCAACUAAAUUAAAGACAAAAUGGGAGAUCACAGUUAAAAACGGGGAGCUAAUGAUUGGUAACGCUACAAUUCUUGUCCCAGAUCUCCAGGCAACCAAUGGGUUCAUUCACAUCAUCGAUACAGUUCUGAAACCACCCAUUUCCCAGAUCCCCCCUCCUCCCCCUGAUAUAAUGGAGGUCCUCAGUAAGACCCCCUCAUUCAGCCUGUUCAGGGAAGCAGCACUGCUGUACAAUUUAACAGAAAGCAUCACAACGAGGGACUUCACUAUCUUUGUUCCAUCUGACAGUGCAGUUAAGGAUUACCUGAAGAAAACAAAUUCUACACGUCUGGAUGAAAAUGUUCUGAAAUAUCAUGUCAUUCCAAGAGAGCAGCUUUUCCCUGAACACUUGACUGAUGGGACGUUAAAAAAUACACUGCUUGGGAAUGAGUAUCAAAUCAUGAUUCAUUUAAACAGGGAAAAUAAGACACUCAUUAAUGAUGUAGCAUUGGAUGGGAACUUCACUGAGAUAAGGCACGGUGUCAUCAUCAGCAUCUCCCGGGUUUUAGUGAUUCACAAAAACUACUGCAGCAAAGAUGUGUACAUGAAAGCCUUUGGAAGGUGUGGUCCAUGCGACUCAGCUCCCAGAUGCACAUUGAACGGCAAGCCUGUGAAGGAUGCAUUCCCUUUGAAUAUGAAGUCCAAUUGUAGAUACAGGACAAGAGUAGGACGAAGGAAAAAAAUGGUGCCAGGCUGCAUGAUGGACUGUAUAAAAGUUAUUAAGGAUCAUGCCUGCUGCCCAGGAUACUUUGGACGUGACUGUUUUAAAUGCCCUGGAACUGUGGACAACUGGUGCUCGAACAAUGGCAAAUGCCAGGAUGGCCUUUGGGGCAGUGGGGAGUGUCUGUGUAAUGAAGGGUUUCAUGGCACAGCGUGUGAAAUGUGUGAGCCUGGAAGAUAUGGCAAAGACUGCAAAUCAGAAUGUCACUGUGAGCAUGGAAAAUGUCUGGAUGGCAUAGAUGGUAAUGGCCAGUGCAUCUGCUACAAGGGUUGGAAAGGAGUGAACUGUUCUGUAGAGAUCGUUAAUGAUGAAUGCGGAGGCAUUUGUGAUCAAAAUGCCAACUGUUUUUCUCCGGGUUCAGGAGUAAAACCAACAUGUAUCUGUGCAGCGGGUUACCAUGGAAACGGCACCUUCUGUCAAGAAAUUGACUUGUGUGCCACCAGUAAUGGUGGCUGCUCAGAACAUGCAACAUGCACAAAAAUCUCACCUGGAGAAAGGAGCUGCACAUGUAAGAAAGACUACACUGGAGAUGGAACUGUGUGUCUAGAGAUGGACCCCUGUCUAGUUAAUAGAGGAGGAUGUUCUGAAAAUACAGAUUGCAUCAAAACUGGACCAAACACAGCUGCAUGUAUUUGUAAACCAGGCUUCGCUGCGCAGAGAAGACUCUGCAUGCCGAUAAAUCCCUGCCUAAAGGACAACGGAGGCUGCAGCCCCAACGCAUUGUGUCAAUACACCGGCCCGGGUGAGAGGAACUGCACAUGCCGAUAUGGCUACAAAGGAAAUGGUAUCGAGUGUAUGGGCACCGUCAGUAGAGAACUUCUUCACAAAGCUGCUGCUAAUUGGUUCCGGAGAAAUCUCGGAGCAUCAAGAGUCAGGGAUUUGUACAGUAGAGGACCGUUCACUGUAUUUGUCCCUCACACAGAUUACAUUGGAAACUACUCGAUUGACUUAUGGGAGAGUAAAAACCGUAGCCCAGAUCUGUUGCGAUACCACAUUGUAGGCUGCGAAGAACUCUCUGAAUCAGAACUUAAGUCUAUCACACGUGUGGUUGCUUCUUCUGGGCAUGUGUUGAAUUUCAGCGUACGAGAUGGUGCUGUGUACAUUAACGGUGAUACAAAAAUAAUCACUAGUGACUAUGAAUGCUCUAAUGGAGUCAUACAUUUCAUAGAUAAAGUCCUCAUCCCAUAUGAACUGAAGAAAGAAACUGCAGGGGUUGAAGAAACUUUGAAUGUUACUACCGCAGCAGAAACAUAUGGAUAUACCAUGUUUGGCAAGUUGCUACAGAAAGCCAACUUGAUGGAUAUGCUGCAGCAUAGAGCAUUUCAUCCUUUCACCAUGUUCUGGCCUACUGAUAAAGCGUUCAAUAGUCUGCCACAGGAGCAGAAGAACUGGCUGUACAGUGAAGAUCAUCUUGACAAGCUGCAGGCCUACUUGAAAUUUCACAUAAUUCGUGACCAGCGAACAGUUGCUAUUGCCCUGCCGACAGAAAAAACUGUCCGAACGAUGUAUGGAUCGUGGCUGACGUUCAGUUGCAGCCAAGCGUUAACUGGGGAUAUUUUAAUCAAUGGAAAUGAUGCCAAGAUUGUAGAACGCCACCUGCAGUUCUUUUCGGGGAUAGCCCAUGGGAUUGACAAGGUUCUAGAGCCUCCAAACAUAGGGGCACACUGUGAUGACUUUUCACCUACAGAGAUUAAAGGUCGCUGUGGAUCUUGUAUACAUCCACCAUCUUGCCCUUAUGGCACUGUGUAUGCUAACAAAACCAACGUGUGCAGUAGACCAUGGAGCCUCUACAGACGCCAUUAUUUUUAUGAUGACUUUGAGUUUCCUAGCCCUUACAAUUUUCAGCCAUUCGGCUGUAACCGAAUGUGUAUGAAAAUGUCAUGGGUUUCAAAGUGUUGUAAGAACCACUAUGGACGAGACUGUCAAGUCUGUCCUGGAGGCUUGGAGGCACCAUGUGGAGAACAUGGUGAUUGUGAGGAUGGGCUAUAUGGAACAGGGAAGUGUAUAUGUCACACUGGUUUUAAUGGAACAGCAUGUGAGCUGUGUAAGAAGAACCAUUAUGGCUCUAACUGCACAGCCUGUACAUGUACCAUUAAUGGGAAGUGUGACGAUGGCAUAGAUGGCGAUGGCAGCUGUUUCUGCCAGGAGGGCUGGACAGGAGUGAUGUGCGAGACCAAAAUCGGUGUGAAGCCUGUAUGUUCCCCUGAGUGCCACCCUAAUGCUGUGUGCCUGCCUGAGAAUCAGUGCCAAUGUGAACCACCAUAUGAAGGAAACGGCUAUAACUGCACAGCUCCAGAUUUAUGUAGUGAAUAUAAUGGAGGCUGCCAUGAGCAGGCUGACUGCACACAGUCUGACAUCAGUGUGAUAUGCUCUUGUAAACCCGGCUACUCUGGAGAUGGCAAUGUCUGCUCCCCCAUCAACCUCUGUGUUGAGGAAGCUAAUGGUGGCUGCAGUGACUUUGCAAACUGCAUUUUCAUUGGACCUAAUGAGCGGCGAUGUGAAUGUCACCAAGGGUACGUGGGCAACGGAGUCCAGUGCUUCGAGAAGGUGGUGCCGCCUAUUGAUCGCUGUCUGGAGAACAAUGGAGACUGCCAUGCCAAAGCGAUCUGCAAAGACUUGCAUUUUCACACCAAAACAGCAGGCGUCUUCCACCUGAGAUCACCAGCUGGGAGGUAUGUGAUGAACUACAGCACAGCAGAGGCAGCCUGCAAAGCUGAGGGAGCCAUGCUCGCUACUCUGUCCCAGCUUUCUGAUGCCCAACAGUUGGGUAUGCACUUGUGUGUUGCCGGAUGGAUUGAUGGGAAAAAAGUGGGUUAUCCAAUCCGCUAUCCAUCUCUUAAAUGUGGUGACAAUCAUGUGGGCGUAGUCCAGUACAAGGAUCCCGAUGUAAACACUCCUUAUGACGCUUACUGCUACAGAAUUAGAGAGGUUACAUGUGAAUGUGGACCUGGAUAUGUUGGUGAUGGAGAAUUCUGUAAUGGCAACCUCGCUUCUGUCAUAGCUACCCAUUCAAACUUCUCCAUAUUUUACUCUAUGUUAGUGAAGUUUGCAGAGGCUGCUGAGGAGGGGAAAAAGCUCUUGGAUUUUCUGUCGACCAGUUCAUCCAACAUAACACUUUUUGUGCCACAUAACGCAGGAUUUUCUGCAAAUGAGACUCUGUCAUUGAGGGAUAUAGAAUAUCAUGUAUCCUCAAACAACAGCCUUCACUACUAUGAAGAUCUGAAGCACAACACAGCAAUCCCAUCCCGGCUGGGUUAUAACCUUAAAGUCGUAAUAGCAACAGACAACCAAACACAAGCUGAGGAUUCCCCACCAAUAAAACUGGUCAAUAAACGGACAAUAUUAAUCUGGGAUAUUCCAGCCACUAACGGCCUGAUCCACAUCAUUGAAGGACCGCUAAAAGCGCCUCCUGUCAUUGUGACCCCUCCAACUCCUUCAGCUGUCCACUUGCAGUCCAGUGCACCCACUGUGACCGCCAUUUUGAUCGUUAUUUUUAUUGGAGGCGUGAUUGCUGGUGUGGCAUAUUAUUUCCUGAGACAUAAGAAUGAUGCCUUUCGCUUCCAGUAUUUUAAGAAUGAUGAUGAAGACGGUACCUCCACUAAGGCCAGUGCCAAUCCUGCUAUCGUGUCCAUCCCGAACCCUUUAUACAGUGGCUACAGGGCAUUCGCUGAGCCAUUUGGGGAAGGAGAACAAUGUGAAUCACCUGCUUCAGUAGCAGCAAACACAUCAAACCUCCUGGACUAGCACUUAGAAGUUCAAUUUUUUUAAACCAGUGUUUCAAUCAAAAUUUUGCAAACUUUUCCUACAAGCAUGUUGUGUCUGUUACAUAAGCCUUAACUUUUCCCUUUCAGCCUUGAUCAUUAAUUAAAGCUUCAGUCAGCAAAAGCUUGCAGAUUUAUAACAGUAGCAUUACGUUAUGUUUAAUGGUUGUCUUUAUCCAAACCAACUUACAUAUGAAGAGAAUACAAUCCAAGAACAGAGCUGCGUAGUUGACAGUUAAGGUUUUUAAUCAAGGGCCCAACAGAGUAUCUCAGUCAGCCAUUUUCCACCAACUUGUCCAUUGUCACUUCUCAGCCAGUAAAACUGGUUUGAAUCCAGAACCAAAAAGCUGCUGCUUCUAAUUAUCAGUGACUCAACAGCUUGGCGAGUCCUCAUUUCAUUGUCAUAGAAAAUAACUUAUUUAUUUACAUAAUUGCCAAUAACAUAAAAUGUAAUUUACAUGUUAAGAGAUUAGUUUGGUGUUGUAACAAUUAAUCAGUGGCUCAUUGAAGAAACAACCAUUCAACUGGGAGCUGAAUGAAAGCUACACUGCUAAUAUUAAUGCUAGCAAAAUUUUAUUCAGAAUGAAUAGCAAAGUUCAUCUCUCGUCUUAUUGUAAUUAUUGUCCAUAGUGAUGUCUCUGUGCUGUUUUCAGUAGGAAUGUGGCCCACUUCUCAAAAAGGUUUGCUGGUUCCCAGAUCAAGUACUAGAACCAUGUUGGAGGAAAGGUCUAUGGCAAGCCUGGGAUUUGGAAUCACAUCCCUUUGAUCACUAGUGGCAAUUCAUUUUGCUAGAAUAUACCAUUCAAAUUUGAAUUCACCGCACUAUUUGAUAUGGAGGGUGUCACGCUUUCUCCAGUAAUACUGUGUAUAAAUAGGAACACAAGCUGCUAUAUUGCAUAUGUCUGCCAAAUUUAAUACAAACUCUUUCAGUGGCUGCAAUGAUAAUUUAUCCAAAAAAAACAGUUGAGAUGGUUACCACAGGGAUAACCCUGCCAAACCCAUUAUUAUUAUAAGAACAAAGAGUCUUUAAUAUAAUAAUGUUCCCCCCCAACAAAAUUGGCCAGAAUGUGUUGCUCAGGUUAACUUUGGAGAUAAUCCCACUGGUUUGAUGAUGGUGCAAUUUCAGCUGCUUCUGACUGGCAAUGUUAAUGAUCACCAUUUGGCCAUGUGUUACUUCAUAACACUAACAGAUUGCUGUCUGGAAAACUUGGCUGAUCCAAAAUGUCACACUCCAGCUGUAAUUUGAGAGAGUUAGCAGAUUAGUUUGCCUGCUUGUGUAUUCAUUAGCAUGUAUCAGGGAUACGGCUUUGGCCUUGACGAAAGAGGUUUUUCGUGUUAAAUAAGAUGUGGACAAAAAUGAAAACAAACUCAGGCAUACUUGGACUUCUGAUGUAAUUUACAGUGGUAUGUUUGCUUCAUAACUGAACUUUGUCUAAAUACUGUAAUAAAAUGAAAGCUCAGCUGUUAAGGUGGGAUCUGCAAUGUCACUAGAUUCUCAGGACUGCCAGAGGACCACUGUUGGGCUCUAAACCCUUAACUGCUCAGCUUUGUCCCUGAAUAAGAUUCUGCCUCAUUUGUGAGUUAUUAUGAAUAAAAUCUUCAAAUGUCUGCAAAA